CGCUUCACCGAGGAACGUUGUCUUACACCGCGCCUCUCUCUCUCUCUAUCUCUGUGCCGUUCGUGCGUGUCAAUAGAAAAUUAAAAACCACAACAAAAGAUUUAGAGAAAAUUUUCUCUCCCCUCAUUCUCUAUUUUCUACCUGAUCCCGGACAAUAUUUCUCUCUGUGUUUGUUGAAUUGACUGUUUUUCAAGUGGUGCGUCAUUUUUACUGGAGCUGAAGAAAAUAACGAUUCAGUCACUGGGCUUGGAGGCUCGUGGCACACUAUUCCCCGGCUAGUGGUGCGAUCGGGAAAGUGGCUGGGAGCACGUGAAACCCGGUUCACAAAGCCGGGUAUAGAAAAUAUGCGCAUCUUGUGAGAUCGGUUCUGGCAUUUGUGGAUUAUUUAUUGAAUCGUAGAUAUUUUAGUGCUUGCGAGUGAUUUAUUGAGUUGUGAGAGAGAUGGAGACCGAGGAGCUGACGCGGCUCGUCGAUGGCAUAUACAAGAAUAUUCUUGACAAAUUCAACCCCGGUGCGAGACAACUGAUCAACGCCGGGAAGGCAUAUCUCAAGGCACUUCAUGGGGCAGCAGCGGCAUCUCGCACUUAUGUGGACGCCCUCUCACGACUGGCUAGACAGGCACAGCUGGGCACCUGGGGUGGCUCUCAGGAUGUUGGCUCAGCAUUGAUGAGAAUCGUGGAGGUCUACAAGGAGAUCCAAGAACAGGAAAUGAACAUCUUGAAAGCGUUCUACGUUGAUCUCCUAGUGCCCCUGGAAACUAAUCUUGAAAAGGAUACGAAAGUAGUCCAGAGUGAGCAAAAAAAAUUUCUCCAGCAGCAUAAAACCAGAUCAGAGACUUACAGCAAAGCGGCGGCAACGAUGAAAAAGCAGCGAAAAAAAUCACGCGGUGCAAGUAAGGGCGGUCUCGCCAUGGAUAAGGAGCUUAAAAAUAUGCAAAUACUCGAGGAGGAAAAAUCUAAAUUAGAUGCUUUCUGUGAACAGAGUCUCAAGAAUGCAAUGACUCAGGAACGCAGGAGAUAUGGUUUCGUAUUGGAGCGGCAAUGUUCAUUGGCAAAACACUACGCGAGUUUCCACGAAGUUGCACUGGCAGCUCUGCAUCCAUCUGUAGAUGAGUGGCGUGAAGUUGCGAAUACCCGCGAAUAUUUGCCCCAAUCAGUUGAGGAUAUGUUUGCGUCUAGGCUACGGCAAGUGUCUUUCUGGCCGGAAGAUGAGGAGAAUGGUGGGUCAGAACUGACCAUGAGUUCCCAACUACGUAAGACAAGAAGCAUGGAUAGUUCUUGUCUGGAGCUGCGUCUCGGCCAACCACCGAGUCAUCCACCCUCGAUUCAUCCAAAUGCCGGAUCGCAUAUAUCCUCGGCGCUAUCAAGGGCAAGGUCAGAGGCGAAUCUCCAUGCCUCGAGUCUUUCACUGGGACCAGAUGUUCCGGAAACUCCACCCAGGCCGAGAUCCAUGGCACCAGCAUCGCGUAACAGUGUUGUUGGUACCAGUGGCACCAGUGGAACUGGUAGCUCCUCUGGGGUGUGGGGUGAAACUUCACUUGCUCGUGCACUUUUUGCUUAUCUGAGCUCGGGAGAGAAUCAACUGAGCUUCCUCGAGGGUGAUCUUAUCGCGCUCAUGGGAGAUCGUCAGAAGGGCUGGCAGUUCGGUGAGAAUCUCCGCACCCAGAGCUCCGGGUGGUUUCCGCUGGCUUACACUGAAAUUCUAAUAGACGAUAGUUUAGGCUCACCAAACCAUGCUGCUAACAAUGGUCGAUCACCAGAGCCAAGAGCAAUGCCGCCUUGCAAACCACCCCCAUCACGACCGCCGCCCAGUAUUGAUGAGCUGAGUACUAUUGGAAAUGGUAAUGUAGGCAACAAUAACAACAUUGGUAGUGGAAUCACCAGUACCCCGACGAAUGUCCCGAAGAGCCACAGUUCGUACAACGUUGCAACUCCUACAGGACGACAGCCAAAAUCGAUCCGUCCAUCGGGAACACUGCCGUCCCUUUUGGCAGGUGGUCGACGCGUUCAGCCCCCUGUGCCACCAAUUCCUCCCCCACAAGCGGUAACUUCACUUCACAGCAGCAAUGACAGUGGUUUCUCCAACGAACCACCAGUCCAGCCCGACAUUGACUACAGUGACGAUGAAGCAAUGAGACAAAGACGGAGAAAAACUCGUGGGGAUCGUCUGGAGGCAGCGGAGAGGGCGAUGCAGCAGCAGCAACAGCAGCAAAAUCAGUCACCCCAGCAGAGGGAUGCAGACGAUAAGAACAAGGACUGGGAGAAUGACUCCUGGAAAACAAUCCCCCGGGACGAAAAGAGCUGGAACAUGUACAGAAAUAGUAUGGAGAUGUGGUCAGAAUCCAAGCAUCAAACUACCAACAAAGGAGGUGAUCUCGAGGGAAGGUACACAUCUGCGAACGGCAGACGACGUGGUGACACUCAGGAUCCACAACGCAAGCUAGACCCCGAGUUACGUGAUAAACGUGAGAGAAAGGGUGAAUCAACUAGAAAGUCAGAUUACGAGCAGUCACGUGGAAGGCAGGAGAUUGAACGUAAUGGUAGAUACACAAAUGGUGAUGAACGUCCGAGGGAGUCGAGCCGGAGAUCCCAUGAGGAUAGAAGGGAAAACGUCAAGCGUGAACGAGACAUGGACGAGUCAGACGAGGAAGACCGCGAGAUAAAUAACGACGAGGAGGAGACUUACGUCACAAAUAAUUAUUCCGAUAAAUUUGAGGAUAAAAAGUACUACGAUAAUCAUGACAACAAUCACAACGAGCGCUACCAAUCCAACGACCGAGACCGCGAGAGCCACAAGUACGAGAAUGAGAAGAGUGAAUCUGUAUCGUCAGCCUCGGACUCAGAGGAUGCCAGCACCAUCACCAUUCCGGAAACUGGACGCAAAGUCGAGCACAUAGCACAGAAGCUUGAGCAAACAGCUCAGAAGUAUGCCCGUGAACACAGUCCACCGAAGUUUGUUGAGAGACGUAGGGAGGAAUACACCAAGAGUUUGGACCGCGAGAAGCCACCGAGUUAUGAGAAGUAUGAGCGUGAUGCAAGAGCUACACAGUCCCGUGAUCGAUUCGAGCGAGACAGAUAUCAGGAGAAGAAUCAUCAGACAACUUAUGAGCGUGAGAGGACAUUUGAAAAGAAUCCAGAUCGGAAGAAGAAUGUUGAGAGGAAUUCAAACCGACGAUUCGAGCGACCGAGACCACCUUUUGAGGAUGCACCAGAGCGACCACGUGAUAAGCCAUACAGAGAGCGCAGGUACUCCGAGAAGGAGGAGAUAUACGGUGAACCCGGACGUUUUUCACGUACACCAGGUACACUCGAGAAGGAUCGGGGGUAUGAGUCGAAUUUUGAAACGAAACUCGAGCGGUCUAAAGUGAUUGAGAAGGUUCAAGUGGCCUAUCGGCAAAAUGAACCGUCUGAGGACCGUAAAAGGGAGCCGAGUGAUACAAGGAGUCCAGAGCGCAAUGACACGAAUAACAAUACCCUGAAUAAUGACAGGAAGAAUUUGCCAAGACAAAGUACAGCGCUUGGCCACUUGGUGCAGACAGGUCGUGCAUACGAUAUUGACAUGAAGAGUCCAAAAUUGGUGAAGAGGACAAAGUCCUUCUGGAGAUUCCGUCGAGAUUCGGAGGUACUGGAGGGAAUGGCCCUGUGGCAGCACAGAUCUCUCGUUGACAUUCCCAAGAUGGUGAAGCGCGAGGACAAGGAUCACAAGAUCAAGGACGACUCGGAGAUGUCCCGGAAAUCGUCACCCGACAAUAAUUCCGGAUCGGGUAGGAGCAUCGGUAAAGAUUCUCGCAGCAGUGACAAUACACUCACGAAUGAUCGAAGCCCAACUCGUGAUCACGAGCGUGAGGAGCCGAAGCCAGCCGAACGCAGUCUCGUACCAGAUAAAUCGGAUUACUUCGACGACUUUCCAACGCCGGCUGAACGGCCAAAAGCAGUCGAACGAUCUGAAUACAGAGUCCAAAGGGAGGAGAGAUCUUACUUCGUUGGGAAUGUGUCCAGGAAAGCGAUUCUGGAGAAAGAACGAAAACGCAGUCUGGAGGCCAAGCGAAAUAUGGUUGUUGCCGAGUUGAAGGAGAAUAACGAAGCUAAGAAAGGCGAACGAAGAAUGAAAUCCUAUGGGGAUGAUGAUGAUGGCUUGAUUCAGAAUUUCUCGGAAACAGAGGCGUCUGAUGAGGAGUCAACUUACAGUUGUAUUGUCGUGAAGGAGCAGGCGGAGAAGACACUCCUGCCGCGGACGAAAUUACGGCGGGAUAGCGACAGAGAGAGGGAGAAGAACACUUGUGGCCCUUGGUAUGACCUGUGGGGUGUGGAUGCAUCUGUCAAUAACAAGAAGAAGAAGAAAUGAACACUCAAUUCUACUCCACUCUCGUACUUAAGUUUAUUACCCAUUCCAUUUGUUUUUAUUAAGUUUUAUUUUCUUUAUUAGUUAUUACUUAUAUUAAUUUGUAUUUCUUGACGUACAUGUUCCUUCGUUGUGUGCGAUGCUAGUGUCGUGUUGUGCUAGAGCACUUUGUCUCCGUUAGCUUUGUAGACAGCGUCCAAUUAUGACAUUCUGUGCAUCCCUUAAUUAACUGAUAAGUCUCUUCCAGAAGUAACAAUGCAUUUGCAACGGUUAAACUGAGGAAAACAAAGACCAACGAUCGAUCAGCACCAGCGCUGUGAUAUCCCAGUAUUGUGAUGGAAUUGAAGAUCGCUGAUAAUGAUACUGACACCACUGUCUCGGUUAUGAGACAGCUGGAGGAUCAGUUGGCAUCUGCUGAUUGUGAAUAUCAAGGGAAAUAUUUUAUUCCAGAUAUGACGUGAAUAUCCGUCCAACGUUAUUUUCAUGAGCAAUUUUUUCUACUCUAUUCACCAGCAUGAGGGAUCGUCAUCGUUCUCCAUACUAAGCCUGAAUGUAUAUCUUGUACCAGGUUCUUUGUGGCAUCGUUAUUCCGUCGUUUCGUAGUUCCUCCUGCUCCAGCACUCAUACAUGAAAAAGGAAAAAAUAAAUACCGAGGAAGAAAAGAACCUUACUAUAUUUCAGGGACUUUUGCCACUUGGCUUCCAACCAAGAUGAAAUUUUAUUAGCAUUUCCAGAAUGUUUUUUUCUCAUGCGAAAUGGGCUCUCAUCCAAGAAUAAUAUAAGAAAAAAAAAUGUGGUCACGAUCUAAAUCAAUAUUUUUUAUACUUUAUAUUUAUUUUUAAGGGGUAUUACUUUCGCAUGAAAUACUUUAUGCCACUUCAUAGUGUAUUUUAUCACUGUAACAUGAAACUUUUUUUAUCCGGUUAUCGUAAAAAAUGUCUUUAUGUGCUGAAUUGCGCGGGAGAAGGUGCAUUGUGGAUUUUCAACUUGGAAGUGGGGAUUAAAAAUGGCAGUAAAAUUUAUUUCCCACUCUGUAUCCCUUGAGAUUUUUUUUUAUCACUCAGUAAAAUCAUUACCCAUCUUGGUUGCGACAAGUUCAGGCUCCAGAUUAGUUUGUAAUACAAUUGACAUUGUUACUUCAUCGAAUCGAAGGAGUGAGAGGUUCAAGAAUAAAAGUGAUGUUAAGGGGAGUAAGUUUUGCACGUUUUGUCAUUAAAAUUCAAAACUUUGUUGUACAAAGUUUUUAUGUGCUCUGUACAUACCCAUGAGAAGCGUACAUACUUGUUUUUUAUUAUGUUGUAGGUGCUAAGAACACGUUCUGACAUUAUUGCAAAUUUGCCUUGUAUAGUUAACUCCAUAAAAUAAAGAGAGAAGACAGUGGUGAAUGAAAUUUUCAAGGAGAAAGGUUUAGGGCAAUGGUUAUACCCACAAUACAGAUAUAUCAUUUUAUUUCUUCAUCACCUUCUUGUUUCUUUUGUAAUCGCAUUUAGCUAGAUGCCACGUAUACGGUUUCCACCCAUUUCAUUAAAUCAGAUUGAAAGAAAAGCAAAACUAUUAUUAAAUGUUAAUAUAAACUCGUUACAAUUGGUGAGAGUGGGCUUGGCGCAGCCGGAGUUCUCGGUAAACAAAAAUAAAAAAUAAGACAAAUUUCUACUCGCACGAGUGGUCCUCGAACCAUUUAUUCCUCUUCUCUCCUUCAAUUCUUCCAAUUGUGAAUCACCGAGUUCCACUUGUACAACUCCAAGCCCACUCGGGUAGGAUACACACUAAAGAAUAAACAAAAAAUAAUAAACAAAAAAAAAUUUGUAUUAAAAAUCAUGUAUACACUCAUUAUUAUAUUAUUGUUAUUACAUUAACAUUUUUGUGCAAAAAU